GGAGAGGAGUGGAAGGGAAAAGAAAGUGGGUGGAAACAAAGGGCAGGGGAUUCAUUCAUUCCAUUCCAUUCCAUUCCCGGGGAUUGAGAUUGAGAUUGAGAUCGAGAUCGGGAGCUGUUUGGUGUAGAGAGGGAGGGAGAGGCCCAACAACACAACAGAUGGGGUUGGGAGAGAGAAAAGGACUCUGCAAAGGAGCUUUGACUCUCUCUCUUUGUCCCAUCCAUGGCGGGUUCACACCUUGAAUUCACAUUUUCACUUCCUUCUCGCAACAGACCUUUCCUUUCUUCCAUUCAUCCCAGCCCUCGUCUCCAAACCCUUUCUGGGUCUUUCUCAGAUUUCCUGCUCAUCCACCAAAUCAUUAAUUAUUCAAAGGUAGAUUUGAUCGUCUGAUCCAUGGGGAAUUGCUGCGUGACCCCUUCUGGUUCUUCACCCAAGAAGAAAGAGGGAAAGAAGAAGGGCAAACCCAAUCCAUUUUCCAUCGACUAUGGCGUCGCCAAUGGAUCUGGCACCGGAAACAAGCUGAAGGUGUUGAAAGAUCCAACCGGGGUCAACAUUUCCCGGCAAUACGAUCUGGGCCGCGAGCUCGGCCGGGGCGAAUUCGGGAUCACGUAUCUGGCCGUGGACGUGGAAACGGGUGAGAAAUUUGCGUGCAAAUCGAUAUCCAAGAAGAAGCUGAGGACAGCUGUGGACAUUGAGGAUGUGAGACGAGAGGUUGAAAUCAUGAAGCACUUGCCUAAGCAUCCAAACAUUGUGAGUUUGAAGGAUACUUAUGAGGAUGACAACGCGGUUCACAUAGUGAUGGAAUUGUGUGAGGGGGGAGAGUUGUUCGACCGCAUUGUUGCCCGGGGGCAUUACACUGAGAGGGCGGCUGCUGCUGUGAUGAGGACAAUUGUAGAAGUUGUUCAGGCAUGUCAUAGGCAAGGAGUUAUGCAUCGUGAUCUGAAACCUGAGAAUUUUCUUUUUGCAAACAAGAAGGAAACAGCCUCCUUGAAGGCCAUUGAUUUUGGACUAUCAAUUUUCUUUAAACCUGGUGAGCACUUUACUGAGAUAGUGGGAAGUCCUUAUUACAUGGCUCCUGAGGUUUUAAGACGCAAUUAUGGCCCAGAGGUUGAUGUCUGGAGUGCAGGAGUUAUCCUCUACAUUCUUCUUUGUGGCGUUCCCCCUUUUUGGGCUGAAACUGAACAAGGAGUAGCACAAGCAAUUAUUCGAUCCGUGAUUGAUUUUAAGAGAGACCCCUGGCCUAAAGUUUCUGAAAAUGCCAAGGAUCUGGUAAAGAAAAUGCUGGAACCAGAUCCAAAGAAACGGCUUACAGCUCAGCAAGUUCUCGAACAUCCCUGGGUACAAAAUGCGAAGAAAGCUCCAAAUGUACCACUUGGUGAGACUGUGAAAGCAAGGCUUAAACAAUUUUCUGUGAUGAACAAGCUCAAAAAAAGAGCUCUAGGGGUGAUUGCAGAGCAUUUGUCAGUAGAGGAAGUGGCUGGUAUAAAGGAGGCAUUUGACGUGAUGGACCCCAACAAGAGAGAAAAAAUCAACCUUGAGGAGCUCAGGAUUGGAUUGCAAAAGCUCGGCCACCAGAUCCCUGAUGCUGAUCUUCAAAUCCUAAUGGAAGCUGCUGAUGUGGAUAGAGAUGGAGCUCUGAAUUAUGGAGAGUUUGUUGCUGUUUCCGUACAUCUUAAGAAGAUGGCCAAUGAUGAGCACCUACAUAAAGCUUUCGCAUUCUUCGAUCGAAACCAGAGUGGCUAUAUAGAGGUUGAAGAGCUGAGGGAUGCCUUAAGUGAAGAAGAUGAUGCCAACAGUGAGGAAGUCAUCAAUGCCAUCAUGCAUGAUGUUGAUACAGAUAAGGAUGGGCGCAUAAGCUACGAUGAAUUUGCUGCAAUGAUGAAGGCCGGCACAGACUGGAGAAAAGCAUCGAGGCAGUACUCGCGAGAAAGAUUCAACAGCCUUAGCUUGAAGUUGAUGAGGGACGGCUCUCUGCAGUUAACCGAGGAAAGGUGAAGGAGGUCAGAAUCAAGAAAUUACAGCAUCCGAACAGGGAAAGAAGAAGAGUGGCAUAGUAUAUAUGUUCCAUUCCAAAUCUCUGUUUCCUUUUGUUGUUUUUUUUUUUUUUUUUUUUUUGGGGGGGGGGGGGGGGGGUGGGAAUUUGUCAAGCAUUUCCAAAAUCAAUUUCUUGAUUUUUUGGCUCCCGAAGAGGCCUCAGGGAGUAGUAAAGGAUCAGGGCGAUGGAUGCAUUCGGUUUCUUGCAGAAUAGUUAGUUUGUUUUAGGUUUGUUUUUGGUGGGUUUGGAGGUUCUAGCUCUAGUAGUCUUGUAGAAGAGCAAGAGAAUAUAUAUUCAUUCUUAACACGUAAAGAUGGUUGUUUUCUUUGUAAA